GCAGCAGCGUCGUUGCCCAAGCAGCAGCAGCACCUGCAGGGGGCCCCCGGGCGCGAGGGAAGCGUCUCAAGAGCCAGCGGAGAUUCAUUUUUGUACGGAGACUUUGAAGAGGGAAGUAAAAGAAGACUUCCGACAGCUUUGGUGAAAGAUUUAUUAUCUUUUGAGAUGAAAGAAGCCAACGAGAAGUGGGGCUUUUCAGAAAUCUUUUGUUGGACAUUUUAA